UGCCGGCUGCAACUUCGCAUCAGCUACAACCGCUCGAAUAUUUCGGCCAAGCGGCGCCCAAGUUAAUAAUUAAUGAAGAUGGCUGCCAUAUUCAGCACCCAGGCCUCGCUGGCCACUCCGCGGCCGCGAUUCUUGACGGGCUCCUCCGGCAAGCUAGGCCGUGCGGCGGGGCCGGCCACCCCUGCAUCCUUCAGCACUACUACAAUUGCUGCAUCCUCCCUCAAAGCGGAAGCAAAGCAGGCAGAAUGGCUCCCUGGCCUCACAUCUCCGUCUUAUCUCGACGGGAGUCUGCCAGGGGACAACGGGUUCGAUCCACUGGGGCUUGCGGAGGACCCGGAGAACCUCAGGUGGUUCGUUCAGGCGGAGCUGGUGAACGGGCGUUGGGCGAUGCUUGGGGUUGCGGGGAUGAUUCUUCCUGAGGUUUUGACUAAGCUAGGGUUCAUCAACGCCCCCCAAUGGUACGACGCCGGCAAAGCAGAUUACUUCGCCUCCUCCUCCACACUCUUCGUGAUCGAGUUCAUCCUCUUUCACUAUGUGGAGAUCAGGCGUUGGCAGGAUAUAAAGAACCCAGGAAGUGUGAAUCAGGAUCCCAUCUUCAAGAAUUAUAGCCUGCCUCCUAAUGAGGUGGGAUAUCCUGGGGGUAUCAUCUUCAACCCGCUCAACUUCAAACCCACAUUGGAGGCGAAAGAGAAAGAGCUUGCUAAUGGGAGACUGGCCAUGCUGGCGUUCCUGGGCUUCAUCAUACAGCACAACGUCACAGGCAAAGGCCCAUUUGAAAAUCUGCUGCAGCACCUCUCAGACCCAUGGCACAACACCAUCAUUCAAACCUUCACCCGCUGAUUAUCUAUUAAUUAUGUAAUAUGUUACCUAGACAUUUGCAGUUUAUUAUCCUUUCUGAUACAUCUGUACUGUGUUUGUCUAUUUUUACCUUUUUUUUUUCCUUUUAUCUAAAUUAUCUUUCUGGGCUUA